AUGUUGAUAUCAAUAAAACAUAUGGAGUUGAUUCUAUACAUUCAAUCUUUUGUUAACAGUGAACUACCAACUCAAUGGAGAGCAGCAAAUAUUACACCACUAUUCAAAAAGGGAGAUAAAUUAGAAGCUGCAAAUUAUAGACCAGUGUUAUUGACGUCAAUUACUUGUAAAAUUAUGGAAGGUAUAGUCAGAGACUGCAUACAAUCAUAUUUAAUGAAAUAUAAAUUAAUAUCGAAGUCACAACAUGGUUUUGUUAAAGAGAAGUCUUGUACAACAAACUUAUUAGAGGCGUUGGAUUAUGUUUCAUUUAAUUUAUCGAUUGGUAUUUCGGUAGAUGAAGCACUUUUAGAUUUUGUUAAAGCUUUUGAUUCUGUUGCUCACAAAAGACUAUUGGUUAAACUAUCUUCAUAUGGAAUUAGUGGUUUAUUAUUAAAACGGAUUGAAGCUUUUUUAAAAAACAGAAUCCAAAGAGUUAUCCAAGAUGAUACAAAAAUUCUUUCAAAAGUGAAUGAAAUAAAUGUGGAAAAUAGCUUGCAAAAAGAUCUGGAUUGUGCAGAGGAAUGGUCUAAAAAGUGGCUCUUGGGUUUUAAUUCUAGUAAAUGUGUUAUAAUGCAUUAUGGUACAAAUAAUCCGCGAUUGAAAUAUACUUUAAAUGGUGUUGAACUGAAAGAUUCUAAAUGCGAGAGAGAUUUAGGUGUAUAUUUUUCAACAAACUUGAAAUGGAAAAAACAAAUUAUAUCAAGUACUUCUAAAGCAAAUUCAAUGAUGGGUAUGUUAAAGAUGACAUUUUCACGAAUUGAUGCAAAAUUGGUUAAAAUAUUGUAUAAGGUAUUUAAUAGACCUCUUAUUGAGUUUGCAGUACCUGUUUGGUCACCAUAUUUUAAAGGAGACAUAUCACUUUUGGAAAAGGUUCAACACAGGAUGACUAGUUCCAUCAUUAAGGAAAAUUAA